GGGCGCCGCGCCGCCGGCAUCAUGCGCCCCCCGCCCGCGCUGGCCCUGGCCGCGCUCUGCCUGCUGGCGCUGCCCGCCGCCGCCGCCGCCGCCUACUUCGGCCUAACCGGGCGGGAGGUCCUGACACCCUUCCCAGGUCUGGGCACCGCCCCUGCCCCAGCACAGGGUGGGGACCACCUGAAGCAGUGUGACCUCCUGAAGCUGUCCCGCCGGCAGAAGCAGCUCUGCCGGCGGGAGCCAGGCCUGGCUGAGACCCUGCAGGAUGCCGCACACCUCAGCCUGCUCGAGUGCCAGUUCCAGUUCCGGCAUGAGCGCUGGAACUGCAGCCUAGAGGGGAGGACGGGGCUGCUCAAGAGAGGUUUCAAGGAGACGGCCUUCCUGUAUGCGGUGUCCUCGGCCGCCCUCACGCACACUCUGGCCCGGGCCUGCAGUGCCGGGCGCAUGGAGCGUUGCACCUGUGAUGACUCUCCGGGCCUGGAGAGCCGGCAGGCCUGGCAGUGGGGCGUGUGCGGCGACAACCUCAAGUACAGCACCAAAUUCCUGAACAACUUCCUGGGGCCCAAGAGAGGAAGCAAAGACCUGCGGGCACGGGUAGAUGCCCACAACACCCACGUGGGCAUCAAGGCCGUGAAGAGUGGCCUCAGGACCACGUGUAAGUGCCACGGCGUGUCGGGCUCCUGCGCCGUGCGCACCUGCUGGAAGCAGCUCUCCCCGUUCCGCGAGACAGGCCAGGUGUUAAAGCUGCGCCACGACUCAGCCGUCAAGGUGUCCAGCGCCACCAACGAGGCCUUGGGCCGCCUGGAGCUGUGGGCACCGGCCAGAGCAGGCAGCUCCACCAGGGGCCCGGCCCCACGGCCCGGGGACCUGGUCUACAUGGAGGACUCACCCAGCUUCUGCCGGCCCAGCAAGUACUCGCCCGGCACAGCGGGCAGGGUGUGCUCCCGGGAGGCCAGCUGCAGCAGCCUGUGCUGCGGGCGGGGCUAUGACACCCAGAGCCGCCUGGUGGCCUUCUCCUGCCACUGCCAGGUGCAGUGGUGUUGCUACGUGGAGUGCCAGCAGUGCGUGCAGGAGGAGCUUGUGUACACCUGUAAGCAUUAGGCCCCCUGCCCAGUGUGGCAGCUGGACUCUGCCAGGACCUCGCAUGGCACCGGGCCACCUCGAGGCCACCCAGAUGUCCAGCCAGCCCCCCUGGGCAGGUGCACGCAGCGUGCAUGCACUCACCCACGUGCAUGCCAGUGCACAUGUGUUCCUCUCCCCACUGGGCCCCAUCAGCCUUCCCCUCCCUUGACUCGAAAGGUGGGAGCCCCACCCCUGAACCCAAGGGUCCCCAGCCUUGUUGAGGACUUGGAGCGGGAGGGCAGAGUGGGAAGGAUGUGGAGGGAAAUAAGGGAGACCAAGAGAAGGGCAGGACUGAGGUUUUGGAGAGGAGAGGGGGUGCAUCCCGCCAUCUCGAUUCCUGGGAUUAGUGGCCUAAAGCCAGCAAGAUGUUGGGAGGUGAGCUUCUGGGCCAGGAAGGCUCAGGGAGGCAGGGUCAGUCAGAAGCAAAGGCCGGAGUCUGCCUGGGAUGGGUCAGUCCAGCUGUAAGUGUGACCGGGGUCCACUUGUGCUGUGAGGCCCCAGUGCACCUGGCAUUCGUGAUACACAAGACUUGGUUUAUGAGUUCUGAUUCGGUUACGUUUGUACACUCACAGCUACUCAUCUAACUCAGAUUUUUACCAGGGCUAGCGUUAUAGGCGUGGGAAAGUCUUUGCUAAGCCUGGCGCCUUGGGGGACCCCUUCAUUUACUAAUGGUCCCCCACUUUGGCUCUUACCUGAGGAAGAGAA